CAGUACUCUAUAGAAAAGAAGAUAUUUUGAAGAAUCUGGGUAACCAAACUGUUGCUGGUCUACAUUGACUUUAACAGUAGGGAAAAUAAUGGAACUCAUGGAGAUUCUAGAAUGAAUGUGUUGCCAUGGUGAUGUCUCUGUGAUGUCAUCACAGACGCUGAACUCAGAUCAGACUCAGAUCAGACGCUGAUGGACAGACAGAAGAUGAGUACUUCUGCUGAUAUGAUGGAGAUGCAGACGGGAACAGAAACCCAGCGGACUCAGGCUUUGGUGGAGAUGCAAGGCUCCAUCAGAUCUAUGGAUUCGCCUCCUAACACUCCUCCUGAGUGUCUCCAAACCCAUCCAGUCACCAGCGGAAACUCUCUGAGACCCUUCUACACGGCUCAGAAACCUGCGUGUGGCUUCAGCUUCUCCUGGAGCACAGACCACAGACGCAAACGCAACGGCCUGCAGGCCUGCAACCCGGUGAAGUGGAGGAACCAAGCGGAAAAGAACAGCAGGGAAUGACGUCAGCGGUAAUUGGACGGGACACCCUCCUCCUCGCCCUGUCCUGGCUGAGCUGAGCCCUGUG